AUGACGGCUUCGUUGAGUUUGGUUGUGUUAACGGUUUUAGCGUCGUGUUCCCGCGCAUGCGCCGGCGUGGCGCGAGUGAACAGCGUUGAGGAAUUAGACUUGACGCCCAAUGUCGUCAUUACUCCAGAGAAGGCUCAACCGCCUACAGAGAUACCAGUAAACGAACGUUUUCCAUCCGCGGUGCUCUUCGGCCGUACUUGUGGUGGUACCAUUAUAAGCCCCACAUGGAUCCUAACAGCUGGCCAUUGUACCCUGUUCACGGGUGGACGCGACGUCCUCGCGGGUACUAACAACUCCGAGAACGACACAGGCGUGCGACGCCGCGUGAAGCGACUAGUCAUACACCCGAAAUUCGCGGUCGGUCCAUACUGGCUCGACGCGGACAGAUACGACAUCAAACAGGUGGGAGCUCGCUGGGACUUCUUAUUGGCGGAGCUCGAGAGUCCGCUGCCGCUGGACGGGAAGACCAUGGUGGCCGCGAAACUACAGGAAGACGCCAGGCUCAUACCUGGGACAGAGGUCGGCUACGCUGGGUACGGCGCUGAGAAUCACGGGGAGACAAUGCGCCACCAUAUGCACGGCAUGGACCUCGAGGUCCAGUCUGACGAGGAGUGCGGCAAGCUGGUGGAGUACGACCCUCAGGACAUGCUCUGUGCACGAGGACGGCCGCCGCGGUACGACUCCGCGUGCAAUGGAGACAGUGGAAGCGGCCUUAUAAGGAAUGGCACUAUAAUCGGCAUAGCGUCCUGGGUUGAGGACGAUGCCACCGUCUGUAGGAACGGCGCUAAAGUAUAUUUCUCCCGGGUGUCCAGCGCCAGACACUGGAUCAGACAAGUCACCAAGAUAUAA